UUUCUCCCUCGCCUACAGCUGGACGCUUCGUUUGCUUCUUCCGUCUCCUCCCCUCUCUCCUCGCUAACAAGACAGAGAGAACAGGAGAGAGAGGACCACAAAUUCCCCACGAGACGAGAGCAAGGGAGGGCGAGGACCGAGGAGAGCUCGUCGUCCGGCCAGCCUACCAUGGCGGCGGCCACGUCGAGGCCGCGCGGCGACUACGACCACCUCAUCAAGCUCCUCCUCAUCGGCGACAGCGGAGUAGGGAAGAGUUGCUUGCUACUGCGGUUUUCUGAUGACACUUUCACUACAAGUUUUAUUACCACCAUUGGCAUUGAUUUCAAGGUUAGGACAGUUGAGCUUGAUGGAAGGCGUGUAAAAUUGCAGAUCUGGGACACUGCCGGUCAAGAACGUUUUCGGACAAUCACAACUGCUUACUACAGAGGAGCGAUGGGCAUUCUGCUUGUCUAUGACGUUACAGAUGAGUCAUCCUUCAACAACAUUAGAAAUUGGAUUCGCAACAUAGAACAGCAUGCAUCUGAUAAUGUUAACAAGAUCUUGGUGGGAAACAAGGUCGAUAUGGAUGCAAAGCGGGUGGUGUCCACAGCUCAAGGCCAGAAGCUUGCAGAUGAGUAUGGGAUUAAAUUUUUUGAGACGAGUGCAAAAACAAAUCAAAACGUGGAGGAAGUAUUCUUUACCAUUGCAAGGGACAUUAAGCAAAGGUUGACUGAAACUGUUGCCGCGGCAACGGAGGCCCCAACUAUUCAAAUCAAUAGGCAAGACCCAGAUCAGGCUGGUGGGGCCGCAUCAAGAUGGUCAUCGUCCUGCUGUAACACCUGAUCAAUGGGUUGGCGCAACUGCACCGCUUAUCCUAGCAUAGCCGGUGCAUGCUUGCCAGUUAGCCGGUGCCGCCUUCUGCAUGUUUACUUCGGUGACAUGCCAGGAUGUAUAUUUCGCCCAGCCGAUUGAUUUCUAGCUCAAAAGAUCUAUCCUCUGGCCAGUUGGUGGUGUUAUUCCCAGUGAGGUGUUUGCUUUUCAUUCUUGUCCUCUAGAUCCGUUUAGUGCUGAUUUGUGCUCUACUCUUAUUUUAGCUCUAGGAUUACCAGAGCAAACAGUUCAACAGAUAAGCUGACGUAUUUGCUUACUUCAUUCAUGUAAAAGGAUCUUCCGAGACAGGAGUAUCUGAUUGUCUGAA